CGCCUUUUUAUGACAUGUGAUUUAAACUGUGAUAUCGAUUAUCACAUCUGUAUGAUAUCUUCUUUGUCAUUGAUAAUAAUCUACGUACUCUGAAUAUACUAUAUCAUAUACUUCGAUCUUUUUAACAUCCAAAGAAAUAUUAUGGAUUGAGAGAACUUCGUGAAAUGUAAAUAAAAAAUGGACGGAAUUCGGAAUGCGUCUAUUUUAAAUAUCAUAGAACCUUUAGGUUACCUUUUCUAUGCCGUCAAUCCAAGCAAACAUUCUUUUGAAACCGUCGAAGAAGUACCAAAUUAUGUGGAUCAGGUCAUACCCUUCUUCCUCACUCUCUUUAUUUUGGAGCAAGUAAUUUUGAGAUAUCAAAAGAAACCAACUUUGAGAGUGAAUGAUGCUGUUUCAUCAAUUACUCAAGGAGUUCUAGAAGAACUCAGCAAAAUCUUUUUUCGUAGCUGGACGGUGGUCACUUAUAUUUAUGUGUAUAAUAACUACAAAAUUAUUGCAUUGCCUUGGAAUUCAUGGUGGACAUGGUUUAUUGCACUGACUGCUAUUGAUUUUCUUUAUUACUGGGGGCACAGAGCGAGUCACGAAAUUAAUUUUCUGUGGGCUGCUCAUCAAGUUCAUCAUAGUUCUGAGGAAUAUAAUUUAUCGACGGCUUUAAGACAAUCUGUUUUCCAAGGCUACUUUCUAUCGUUUUUCUAUGUGCCAUUGGCUCUAGCAAUACCUCCAAGUAUUUACCUAGUCCACACAGAAUUAAACCUACUGUAUCAGUUUUGGAUACACACUGAAACUAUAAAUUCCUUAGGUCCUUUAGAAUAUAUAUUCAAUACUGCAAGUCACCACAGAGUACACCAUGGAAGAAACAGAUACUGCAUCGACAAAAACUAUGGUGGUACUCUUAUAAUAUGGGAUCGAAUGUUUGGAACAUUUGAACCUGAAGGAGAGAAAGUGGUCUAUGGAUUAACGCAUCCCAUAAAUACAUUUGAACCGAUCUAUAUACAGUUGUGUCAUUUUCUUCAUAUAUGGAGAACUUUCUGGAUUACUGAAGGUUUCCGGAACAAGCUCUCUGUCAUAUUCAAAGGUCCUGGAUGGGCACCCGGACUACCUUGGCAUGGACAAAUAGAAGAUAUACCUGAUGUAAAAGCACCAAUGGAGAAGUAUGAUCCACAAAUUCCUAUGUGGUGUAAAUUGUAUCUUGUUCUACAUUUUGUAAUUCUAAAUCUGGGUUAUGUUGCAGUAUCACAUAUGCAUCAGGAUUUGCCAACUUCAGUAGUUGUGGGUGUGAUAGUUUUUGAAAUAUUUUCUCUGUCUAAUUUAGGAAUGUUAAGUGAUGCUAGAUCACAUGCACCAUGGAUAGAGCUUGUUCGUUGUACAGCUUUCUUGGCACUAGACUAUUUCAUAUUUCCAAUAACACAGCUUAUACCUAUCCCAUAUAUUUACCAGAUUGUGGCUGCAGUUUUUGUGAGAACAGUUUACAUAAUUUCAUUUUGUGGAUGGUUGAAAGGUUGCAUAAAAACUAUAUCUUUCAAAUUACAUUCCACUAAGAAAGUGGAAUAAUACUAAAACAGGUAGAUGAUAUUUAAAUCAGACUACCUCUUUUUCACAUAUUUGUCAUGAUUUUAUUUUGUAAAUAAAUUUGUUUUUACUCAGAAA